UUCCACCUUCUUCAGUGAGCAGACGACGUGACCUCUCUGAGAGCGAAGGAUUGACGGGGACUUUGCUUUCACAGUCUGUAAAUGAAGACUGGAGUCUGGAUGUCCUAAAGGACGAUGAAGGCGCUUUGGUUCCGGUGCACAAACUGUUGAUCUGCGCCGGACUUCGCUUUUCCUGCACAAAGAGGACGAACCGUCAAGGAGCCGAGCACAAAGGUUUGUUACAACCACAGAGCAAACUGCUUCAGCCUCAAGUGUGCUCGACGCUCAGGAGGGAAACCGCACUGAACAGAAAGUACAGUUCCAGAUGGCUCCAGAAGCAACAACGUCUUCUCGGAGACACUCGUCUUCACGCUGUACGUCAUCCAUAUGAGGCCAGAAGAGGAAAGGGUCUGCACCAGACCCAACUGAACAUUGGUCUCCUCAGCAGUCUCAGAUUCAGAGGGGAGGCAAGAUGCCUGUGGCUGGCAGAAAAGUCGGCGUGCUCUGCAUGAUCUUCUUCUGCAUUCUGAUCAGCAUGACGUGGAACCUCAGGUACAGCAAGAGUGGCUCCCAGAAGGUUAAAGUUCCGCCUACGAGGUUUUGGCACCAGCAGGUACCGAGCAAAUCCUUCUGGAACAAGGAGCAGCAGCGCCUGGACUUCAUUAACAACCCUGUGUUGAGGUCUGUGCUCUCCGGUGACUCUCACAUUGAGCUGCCUGAUUGGCUGAAUGACACCGGGCCGCUCAACCCCUGUGAACCGGACCACAGAGUCCCCAGACAAAUCCUGGAGUACAACCUCCUGCCGCAGCGCUUCCAGGAUUUUCUUUUGCACAUGCGCUGCAGGACGUACCCCAUGCUGAUAAAUCAGCUGCGUGUUUGUGAUGAGAAGCCCUUCCUGCUGCUCGUGGUCAAGUCACUCAUCCCACAUUUUGACCGGCGGCAGGCCAUUCGUGAGACGUGGGGGCGGGCAGGCGUCGUAGCCAAUAGGACUGUGGCGACGGUGUUCCUGCUAGGCAACUCCUUGCCCAUGGACCACUUCCCAGACCUGCUUGGGAUGCUGGACCACGAGGCAGAGCUUCACAAAGACCUCCUCCAAUGGGACUACAGGGAUACCUUCUUCAACCUCACCUUAAAAGAGGUCCUCUUCCUGGAGUGGUUCAGCCAAAACUGUCCCCAGGCUCAGUUCAUCCUCAAAGGGGACGAUGAUGUCGUCAUCAACACCUUACGAAUUAUUGACUUCCUGGAGGGCCUGUCGGAGGACAAGGCCAAGGAUUUGUUCAUGGGUGAUGUUAUCAGUGACGCCGGCCCACACCGAGACCAGAAACUCAAGUACUUUAUCCCAGAGAGUGUUUUUGUAGGACAGUACCCGCCUUACGCAGGAGGUGGAGGAUAUUUGUACUCUGGGGAGUUGGCACUACGCCUUUACAACGCAUCUCAGCAGGUAGUCUUGUAUCCCAUUGACGAUGUGUAUACGGGGAUGUGUCUGAAAAAGCUGGGCUUGUCCCCCGUGAAGCACGACGGCUUCAGGACUUUUGACAUUGACGAGAAGUACAGGAACAACCCCUGCGCCUACAAGAGCUUGAUGCUGGUCCACAGCCGGACACCACAGGAGAUGUUGACCAUCUGGUCCUGGAUUACUGAUCCUGAGCUGGGCUGCCAGUGAACCCCUGAGGUCAUCUUUGUUCAGCGUUUGCGCCGCUGACCAGAUGUGUUGAUGUUGACCAUCUUAAUGUGUUGAGAAAAUCUUUCUUCAAAUAAGAAGCUCAAGGUUCAACAGACAUGGACCCUGACUCGAAUUGAGGGUCUGAGGAUGGAGGGUGUUGCACACUGUGCAGAUUAUAAACCCCCGUGAAAAAUAAAAAAAAAUAAAAACAAAAAAUCAGCAUUAUUGUGUGUUUUUAUACUGACAUGACAGUAUAAAAUACUGUAUGAUGCAGAGAGUAUAACAUA